GCAGGGAGCAGAUGAGCGAGGGAGCAGUGAGAGAGCGACGCUAUAAAUGAGACUUUGAACUCCAACCAGCUCAGCCACAGACAGCUGUGCAGAACAAAGCCAUCUCCUCCUUCAGGCUCUGCAACGUAGGAACAAACACGACACGCGUGCUUUAACCGAUUUUCUCGGAAAACAGAUUUUCCAAUCACAACAGCCAGGAUGACGACAAUGUUCAGAUACCCCGUCUUUCCUCAUCUGCAGGAUCGGUGUGAUCCUGGUCUUGGGCUGUCCCCGGGGAGGAGUGUCAUGGCAGAACCGGACUACCUGGAGGGAGACUGUGAUGAGCUCAUCAAACCCAAGAAGCUGAUCAAUCCGGUCAAGACCUCCCGCAACCACCAGGAUUUGCACAGAGAACUGCUUAUGAACCAAAAAAGGGGUCUGGCUCCUCAGAACAAACCUGAGCUUCAGAAGGUUCUGGAGAAGAGAAAGCGGGAGCAAGUAAUCAAGGCUCAGAAGGAGGAGCAGGAGGCGCACAAGAAGAGGAGCGACUUGGAGAUCGAGCUCAUGAAAAGGCAACAGAAACUAGAGCAGCUGGAACUGGAGCAGCAGAAAAUCGAAGAGGAGCAGGAGAACACCCCCGAGUUUGUGAAGAUGAAGAGCAACCUGCGCAGAACGAAGCAGGAAGCCGACGGGGAGAAACAAACCACCUAAAAUCCAGCGCAGGGUGUCCGGGGUCUGGCUGACUGAGGUGUCAGGAGUGUGUGUACAAAAAAAAAAGAGCGUGUGUGUUGUGUCCGUGCUACACGGUGGCGACCAAGAUGAACCUCUUGGUUUUCCCAACUCCAGCUGUUCCUUCCUGCAGUGAGGAGAGAGACUUUAGAGACUAAAGACGUCCCCGCCCCCCAUGACCCCACUCUGUCUCCUCUGCAACUGGACCGCUAGCACUCGCACCCACCCAGCAGCGCAUAGCACCGCCCCCCAGCAGGAAGCACCCAACAGACUUGUUACAUGCUCGUCAGCAGAAGCGAGCAGGCUUCCAGUGAGCUCUGAUGGAGGGAUAAAAGACAGACACACGAGUUUGUUUUCACCUCUUUCUCCACAGAAAGCUGAUUUUCUUUUUUUUUUCCCUUCUUUUUUACUGUUAUCAAUGUUGUUGUGUAUUCCCUCAUCUUCAGUAUGAAAAAAAUCAAAAAGUGGACACUGGAUGGACUCUUGAAGAUGUGUAAUAUAAAAGCCAAACAAAUGUGCAUUUGUUAUUUAUGUUUGUAGCUUUUAGCCCAGGUUUAGGAGGCAACACUUUUAGUUAUUCUGUAUUUUACUUUGUUUUACAAAAUAGUAUAUGAAGCCAGAACAGGACAAAGGGAGUGUGUGCCUGUGUGUGUGCCUGUGUGUGUGUGGUCGUGUGAAACACAUUUGCUUUAUUAUAAUUUUUUUUUGUUAUUAUUCUAAACAUGCCAUUUCCCCUACCUAAUGCAAUUUUAAGCAAUAGUAAAAUUCCCUGGCAUGAGAGUGAAUUUUCUUUAUAUAUUUUAUUGUUUUGUAUGAAUAAAGAAAUGUGUUGCUUAAUAAAUAAUUUACGUUA